UCGGUGUACUAGUUUAUUAAUAAAAAGCCACGCGGUCACUCAGAAGCGUGUCUGGAUCUGCAAAUCGAGCGGGAUCUCGCAUCGUUCGGGUUUUACGUCGGACACAACACAAGACAUUUGCAUCACAAUUGGCCCGAAAACGAAGCCAAAUUCGAUCUAGUUGGAGCCUGCCGCCAUUGUGACAGGAUUGUUAAUCACGUUCCGUGGGUCGAUAGCACGGAAUUAGUGUUGCGCUUGGAGAAGUAUUGUGACUCGGAUCGACUCGUCAUACAAUACAAAGUCGAAACAAAUCGAAGACGGGCGUAAGAAAUCCUGAAGCCACCGGUGUUGUUUGUCCUGCAGGAAUCGGAAAUAGGAACACCUACGGCCUUUGUUUCUAUCUUCGGCAUCGGUCCCAUCGAUUAACCCGUUUCGACAGUGCCUACCACGGUUACAUACAGUCACCAACGUUAACCGGAUUCAGCGGGCUAUUAGUGGAGAAAUGUCUAAUUUAGGGUUAAUCAGCUCUCCCAUUAGCCCUGGCAUGGGGGUACACCCUGCACUCAGUGCUCACAGUGCCCAAGAGGAUACUAGCGGUACUAGCGGAGCUGUCGGAGUCGCUCUUAGUCCCGACACUACUAAUCAUUCCUCCUCUAUCACUGUUGAUAAACCCUUGCCGUCCAACUCUCCCACAAACUCUACCACGCCGCACAACUCACAAGAGUCUUCAUGCAAUGCUGACAACGACGAUACACAAUCAGAGCUUUCUGCUCUACCCUUAAAAACUACCGACGCCAUCUCCAAGGCUCAAUCGCGUUCCCAUCGCAAAAACGCACCCUCUGUCGAGGCCGUCCCGCGCCAGACUAUUAUGAAAGCAUUGGCCUCCGUCGCACGAAACAAUAAGCCCGAAGCAUUGUCCUUGAACGGAAUGUUGUCCGCACAUUCAACGGCCGAUAAGCGGCUAGCCAAUUCCUCUUCAUCUCAACAACUUUCCGAUGCCUUUACCGAUGCCCUUUCCGGACUUACCGCCAAGAAUAUGACACCGACUACCGCAUUUCCUUCCCUCCAGUCGCCGUGCUUUUGGCACAACCGAUUCGAUGACGCAGUCGAUAUAGAUAAGGUCCUUGAAGAGAUAAAGAACGAUGAGUAUAUGUCGCACUCGAGACUCGUACAGACAGCUACUGGCGUCCGUGAAGUCUCGAAACAGCUGCAACGGAGACCCAUCCGUCGCGCCGUGCGCAACGUUAUGAUCGUUACCAAGGCUCGCGACAAUGAAUUAGUCUACCUCACUCGGGAAUUGACUAUGUGGCUGCUCAGAACUCCGCGCUACGGAUCGGAUAUAGGCGUUAACGUUUACGUCGAUGCCAAGCUGCGCAAUUCGAAGCGCUUCGGUGCUUCUAGCAUUAUUGACGAGGACACUCGAUACGAGGGUAUGCUCAAAUAUUGGUCUCCAGAUCUCUGCUGGAGCCAACCUGAAAAAUUCGAUCUUGUCCUGACUCUUGGUGGCGAUGGUACCGUAUUGUUUACUUCCUGGCUCUUCCAAAGGGUUGUUCCCCCGGUUCUAUCUUUCAGUUUAGGAAGCCUUGGUUUCUUAACAAGUUUCGAGUUUGAGAAGUAUAAACAACAUCUUAAUAAGAUAAUGGGCGAUGAGGGUAUGCGUGUCAAUCUUCGCAUGCGCUUCACUUGUACUGUUUUCCGUAAUGGCGCAUCCGGCCAAGAGAUGGAGGAAGGAGAGCAAUUUGAAGUUCUCAACGAAUUGGUUAUUGACCGAGGCCCGUCGCCUUAUGUUUCUAACCUCGAACUGUACGGUGACAACGAGCUUCUGACAGUCGUUCAAGCAGACGGUUGCAUCUUUUCUACACCAACUGGAUCGACGGCGUACUCUCUGUCUGCCGGCGGUUCUUUGGUUAGUCCUGAUCUUCCCGCCAUCCUCCUUACUCCGAUUUGCCCGCACACUUUGUCAUUCCGACCGAUGGUUCUUAGCGACACGAUGCUUCUUCGUGUUUCUAUUCCCCGCAAUUCGCGUGCCACGGCUUACUGCGCCUUCGACGGAAAAGGCCGAUUAGAGUUGAAGCAAGGCGACUGUGUGACAAUCACGGCCUCUCAAUACCCACUUCCUACCGUGAUGCGCACGGGUACCGAAUGGUUCGACAGUGUUUCGCGCACACUUCAGUGGAACACACGGGCCGCGACUCAGAAGGGCUUCGAGAGCAAGAUAACGGGCAACUCGGGCUCUGUUAACGGAGAUGAUGAACCGGAAUGGGAUAUAGAUACCGACUCAGCGUGCUAUGCGAGCGAAGACGGUAGCAUUAGCGCGAGUCCUUUACGAAGACAAAUGAGCCUCUUAGGCAUGUAGAGCAUAGAGCUAGACUACAUAUUAGAGGUAGAUGGCGUAUUGUCUUUUUACGCUUAUGUUUUUCCCGCUAUGCAUAUAGGACAAUAGGGCGAUGUCGACGACACACCCGCAGGAGUUUACUGGCGCUCAAUUUUAUGGGGUUUUACGGAUACGACAAUGACCAGGGCUUUUCACUACGUGAUUAGCAUAUCGGAUUUGAUUUGGGUACUCAACGACAAGUCUUUAGAUCAUGAACCCCGUCUUAACAUCGCCAGUCACAAUGAUGGCGUUUAGAUAGAUAGACCCCUA